CUAAGACGAAAACCUUGAAAAACGGUUGAAAAGAUCUAGAAACACGAGAAACACGUCUGGAAACGCGUCCAAAGCUGAAAAUCCUUACCCUGACGCCCACAGGAUUCACAGAACUGGGGAUUCUUCAACGCGAGUCUGCCAACAGCGCACGUGAGGACAGCUUCUCGUCUCUCAGCUCACUUUCCACCAUCCCAACUUGAUAAGUUCAUCUCUUGGGCACGACACAUAUCUACAUAUACCAAUCUUCAUCGUUUCUAUUACGACCGCGCGCACACAAAAGAUCAUAUCAUGCCACAGCAGAAUACUCAUACGGCCUCCACUGAGGCGCCUACGGGCACAACCGCACUACCCCUCGCACGUGUCAAAAAGAUCAUCGCUCAAGAUGAUGACAUUGCUCAAUGUUCAACCACGGCAGCCUUUUCAAUAGCAAUUGCAACAGAGAUCUUCAUUCACUACUUGACAGAGCAAGCACACAAUGUUGCCAAGUCAGAUCGAAAACCUCGACGGAAUAUUGCGUACAAGGAUGUUGCGGCAGCAGUAGCGAGAAUCGACAAUCUUGAAUUUCUAUCUGAUACAGUACCCAAAACAAAAACAUAUCGACAGUUCCGGGAGGAAAAGGCCGAAGAGGCUGCACGUGCAGCAGCCGAGGCAGCAGGGAAUCCUGGGACGAGUAUCGCCAUCGAACCUGGAGCCAUGUACAAUGGCACAAUAACAGAUCAACCCAACGGCGCCAAUGGAGUAAAUGGACAUGGAACGUUUACUGAGCCUACCAAUGCCCACCGAUCAACAAAUCAACGUCCACAUGGCCAUCCGGACCCUAUCAGAGAUAUUGUCAUGGCGGAUUAGAGAUCCGGUGGUCUUUCCUGGAGAUUUCAGCAGCAGCCACGUCCAAGGCAAUGAUACCUCUAUGAAUUCGGUGGUGCAUUGGGAAAAUGGACCUAGGACGGUCUUGGGCAAUAGCACGGAUGGAAGCAAAGCGACGGGCGUUGUUGGUACUUUGUUUUAGGGUGGGAUUGGGAGUGGAGGUACAUGCAUACAUAUCAUGGUUGACACCCAACAUAAGGCAUGGGGGCGACAUAUUGAAUCAAUGUAAAUCACGAACUCCAGCG